GAAGAGAAGACGCAGACGUUGGAGUUCAAGGCCCUUCAGGAGCACAAGGACAGCUUGCAGAAAUUCAUCGUGGCGCAACAGUCGAUGCAGAAACAGAUGCAAGAGUUCAAAGGGCAGGCGACGAUGAUCGAGACGGCGGUGAACAGCAUGACGGACCUACUGGGCGCCAGCGCCGACGCAGCGCUGGGACCAGCAGCGCAGGUGCAGGCCGCAUGA